CGCUUGUCAAACUAUACUUGUGUCAUCACAUCUCAUGUGUCAAAUUCUUGAAACGUCGUCAAUGUUUUUAGUUUCUGCUCCGAUAUAACUUCUAUUAUUUCUGCCAACAAAUGAAACUUUUUUGGAAUUAUGUUUAAAUCGUUUGUGUUUUUUGUUGUUAUAGUAGCAUAUAGUGAAGAAAUUUAUGGUAAACGUCUUAUUGUAAAGCGUAAGACCACCACAAAAUCUCCAGUGGAAGCAUGGACAGGCAAAUGGUUCCCCGGUCCACCUCAUCCGAAAGAUCCGUGGAAGGGCAAAUGGUUCCCUUAUGAACCUUAUACAAGUAUGAAAAACCUUGAUAUGUCACAUAAGCAAGACCUCAAGGCUUAUGAAAUCUGUGAUGAUGGCAAGCAAUAUAUUGGAGUCGAUUACGAUCCAAAUAAUAUUCAACAAACGUUCGAACAUCUUUGUUUGGCGAAUCGUACCUUAUACGCCCCAAAUAUGAAUCGUGAAGCAUUGCGCAUGGAGUAUUUUAUCCCACCUGCAUAUGAAGCUCCUAUUAAGUGCCUUAAUGAAACAAUCAGUUAUGAUACACAAUUACCCACAUUUGGUGCUUACCGCCCAAUAGCACCCAAAUAUGGCUCAUAUAUAUUCCUACCUGCGCAAAGAUGGCUUUCCUCACUAUCGCAAGGUGCAAUUGUAAUGCUUUAUCAUCCAUGUGCGUAUAGUGGCCAAGUGAAAUUAUUACAAAAUACCCUACGCGCCUGUUUAUAUCGUCACGUAAUAACACCUUGGCUGGGCUUAAGUUCGGAACGACCCCUUGCUCUAGUCGCUUGGGGAAAUAGUCUAGAAAUGUCAGUAGUUGAUGAUCAUUUAGUAGUGGAUUUCAUAAAACAAAAUGCAAAACAAAGGCCUGACUUAACAACGGGACAACGAAAUAAGACAAAAAUGUACGAAGCUGGUUUAAUACAGGAAGCUCACUUAGUAACAGACGAAAAUGAUGUAGAGAUCUGUGGAUAUAAGGAAGGAAUGUAAAGCAUUAAAUUAAAGGUGGUGCAAUAUUUAACUUCUGUAAAAAAUUUACAUUUCAAGAAUCGAAUAAGUUUUUUGAAUAUUUAUGUGCCUUAUUGGGUUUUUAAAGAAAUGUUAUUGUUAAAUUUCUCAUACGUACCUAUCUACACAUGUAUGGUUAUAUAUAAAUACCAAUUGUUAUACAAAAUAAAAAGAAUCUAAAUAAAA